ACUGCUUCCGUUGUCCGGUUUUAUACUUCCGGUUACUCAAAGCCGGAGCCAGCGUUCAGUCGUUGCUAGCAACAAGAUCAGUUACUUUGUGCGGUAAUAAGUGGCUUUACCUGUUCGAGGAUGAGCUCGGGUUCAACGUGUGCUGUUGUCGGCUGCCACAAUAAUUCAAGAAAACUGAAAAACGCAUUAGAAACAUUUUGCCUUGAGCAUCAACAACUUAGAAAGGCCUGUCCGUGCCCACCGCCCUACGCACUGCACUCUAUGCCGCGGAAGGAGGAUCGGAAACUAGCGUGGCUGGCAGCUUUAAGACUCAAACACCCUCCAAAGAGAGUUUAUGUUUGCUCCUUUCAUUUUAUCGACAAAAAGCCCACAGAGCUACACCCCGACCCGGAGCUUUAUCUGGGCUAUGACCGACCCCCACCAAAGAAAAGAAGAAAGCUCACUCGGACUACUUUGAGUGUGACAGCUUCCAGUGAUACGAACAACACAGAAUCUGUACCCGACUCCACAGUGUUACGUUCAGUGGAAUUAGACCAGGCCAGCAUCUCCACACAACCCCCUGAGCCACAUCUGCACUCAGUCCACACACAGUGGGAGGAUCCUUCGCAACAAGACCAUCAAUACUGCAACAGGUCUCGCAGAAAAGAUGUGCAGGAUAAGAUGACUCAGUGUGAUGAAGUUGCAUAUUUCAUUCUUCAAAAUGAUGCAGACGCUUUGCUGUACACUGGGAUAGCCUUAGAAACAUUUAACACACUUGUGUCGACACUGGAAGGAUAUGACAACAAUGAAUUUACAGUGCCUGUGCGAGAUCAAGUCCUCAUGACACUUAUGAAAUUAAAGAGUAACCGUGUAAUAGGUGACCUAAGCCGCCAGUUUCAUAUAUCACAAAGCAUGGCCAGCAAGAUCAUCUCACACUGGUUAGACAAGCUGGAGGAAGUUCUCCGACCAUUAAUUCCAUGGCUGCCAAAAGAAACUAUUCAAGCAACUAUGCCUGAAGCCUUCAAGAAGAACUUUCCAAAUACUGCAUGCAUUAUAGACUGCAGUGAGACCCUUUUACAGAAACCCAGAAAUCUGGGCUCAAGAGGGAAUUCAUACAGCCAUUAUUAUUCACACAACACAGUCAAAUAUUUGGUUGCUGUUGCACCAUGUGGACUAAUCAUGUUUGUGUCUGCAGCAUAUGGCGGCCGAUGUAGUGACAAAUUUAUCACAAUGGACUCUGGAAUAUUAACAUACCUAAAACCUGGUGAUGAAGUCAUGGCAGAUAGAGGUUUUACAAUUAAAGACUUACUCUUUGAGAGAAAAGUUAGAUUAGUAAUACCCGCUUUCACAAAAAAACGUAGACAGCUAACUGAGGAACAGGUAACAUACACACGUCGGAUUGCAAAUGUAAGAAUCCAUGUUGAAAGAGCAAUCAGACGCUUGAAAGUCUACAAAAUACUUUCACAAAUUGUUCCUAUAAGCAUGGCUCCUAAAGUAGACAAGAUACUGAGAAUAUGUGCUGCUCUAGUGAACUUAAGAGAGGAUCUCAUUCGUGAUAUACAAUAAUUGUGUAUGUUAUGAACAAUUGUGGACUCGGGGAUAUUAAGAUGGUUACUCAGGACAUCAAGUUGUGUAGUGCAAUGUAAUUAUUUUAAAGUUAAAAUUUGAUGUACAUAUAUGUAGAGAGUAAAUAAUUCCCUUUUUUAUCUUCUGUUCUAGAAGAAAGGUUAUGCAAUCAAUUGAACACUUUUUUAUUCAACCACAAUGUGAUAAGUUCUUCAAAUGAAAAAAAAUGUUUUUCUCAAAUCUACAAUAAUUAGUUGUGCAUUCUUGACAUUUUUUUUGUGUUGGAAGAUUGCAGAAAUACAGAACUAUUCACUACAUUUAUUGUUGUCAGUUUGUCAUUCAUUUCCCACCAUAUGUUACAACUAUGUACAUUUUAGUUGUAUUGAAAUAUUUAACAGAUUUCAUAUUGAAUGUCUCCUUUCAUUCACAAGACAGAGACCAAACUCUGCAGACAUGUUGGUGUCUGACUGUCCCAUUUAUAGUUGUAACAUGCAUUAAACCUUGCCCAUUAUCUUCAAGUAUCUCUCAUUUAACUGAAACCGUCCUGCUGCAUACUCCUCUACAAGUCGAGGUAAGAAAUAUGAGAAGUAAAACCCUCUCAAGCGCUUUACUUGUUCCUUUACAAAUGCUUCAUCAUAUUGCACUGUAAAUGAAACAUGCUCACUAGG